AUUUUCUCACUCGAUUGUAAAUCAAAAUCAAUUCAACUUUCAAGAGUUUUGUCUCACUAGCAAGUAGCGUACUUGCGUCUUGUAAUUAGUGCUUGUGAUUGUUUCACCCAUAAAAUUGUUAUUUUUAAAAUAUAUUGAUUUUAUUACAAAAAUGUCUGAAACAAAAGAAAAUAUUUUUUUGUUUGUACCGAACAUAAUUGGUUUCGGGAGAGUAAUUCUUGCUAUUAUAUCUUUCUACUACAUGCCAACCCAUUGUGUUCUUGCAUGUACAUGUUAUAUUACAUCGGCGCUCCUCGAUGCUUUCGACGGACAUGCCGCACGGUAUUUUAAUCAAAGUACCAAAUUUGGUGCUAUGUUGGACCAGUUAACAGAUCGUGCUGGUACUGCUGGCCUAAUGAUGACUUUGGCUACUUUCUAUCCGAAGUACACAUUCUGGUUCCAACUGUCUAUGGUUAUUGACAUAACUUGCCAUUGGCUCUAUUUGCACACCUCUACCUUACAAGGGAAGACUUCGCACAAGUUCAUUGAUAUGUCAGAGAAUCCUAUAAUGCAUGUGUACUAUACAAAUAAAAAUGUAUUAUUCUUCAUGUGUGCUGGUAAUGAAGCAUUCUAUGCAGCUUUGUAUGUGAUGUACUUCUUUACAGGCCCAACAGUUUUGGGAAUUGGCUUAUUCAAACUGAUUGCGUUGGUAUCCCUGCCCAUUGCAGUUAUAAAAGCAGCAAUAUCUGUUCUUCACGGAAUUGUUGCAUCUAUAAACUUAUCCAUUAUUGAUGUCAAUGAACGAGCGGCCAUUGCCCAGAAGCAAAAAAGUUCCUAAAGCAUUUAAUGUAAAGAAGGUGAUUGUAAGUUAAUUCGAUUUCAAUGUCAAAUUUAUUACAAUGCUUAUUUAAAAAAAAUAACUUCAAUUAAUUAUGCUUGUAUGUAUAUUUUUCUUUCAGAUUAAUGUUUAUGAAAAUUUCUAAGUAUAAACAAAGUUUGAAAAUAGUUUUGUUAUUACUAUAUAUAAUGAACAUGUACAACAUGUUGUAAGAGUAAUCUCGUUAUUGGGCAUAAUCUAUGUAUAUGGCAUAUUUUGAAGUUGCCAAAAAUUUGAAUAUUAGAACAAUAAUAUAUAUUACCAAUAUUAUUUUAAAAUUAGUACAUUUAAGUAUUUAUUGUCCUUGUUGUAAACUGGUGUUGUUGUUACUUUAAAUUUACUGCAUUUAAUACAUAGAAAAUAAUAUAGUAAGUUAUAAAAACCUAUAUUUUUGUUCUUAAGUUUAAAACUUUUAUUUUAAGACUUAUUUUUAUGAUUAUUGAAUUAAUAUUAUUUAAUGAAGUACUCUAGAAGUAUAAAAAUAAUCUGACUAUUUUUAUAGUUCUCAAAUAUAUGUAUAGAGCAGUUUCGCAAUUGCACAUUUUUUUUUUU